AUGUUACACGUGCUGUCAAAAAAGUCCAAGUUGAAGAAGUCGCAUCAACGUGGCCAACGCCCCGAGACCUCACAGGACACAAGAUGGGAUGCACUGGAGGUGGAGACAAAGUCGACCACUCCUGACUAUCGAAAUCAGCGCAAAUUUCGCCGCGGAAAGGAGGCCUCUGUGUUAAUCCUCGGUGAGGAUCUAAAAUUUGGGGGGUCUAUUCGAACUAGGAGUACCUCAUCUCGACGCUCCUGUUCAGCGAUGGUGACAUUUGAAUCCAUCAAACCAACUCAAGUGUGGCAAGCUUCUGCCAGUCCCUCUCCACCCACAACCUCUGCAACCACUAGACGCUGCGUUAAACCCAAGCAUCCAGUGGACAGUUUAGCUCUCUCAAUGAUCGCGCAGGCAUCAGCUGAGAACCAGUGGCUGUCGCUGUCCACAGGGGAUGAGGACGAUCUUAGCGACAGCACAGAUAAUGAUGAAGGUACUGAAGAAGUGAGGAAGGAAGGGAAAGGGCGAACGGACAGCGAUCGAGGUAAACGAGCGUCCACAUCAACUUCUCAUCGUCCGCGAAGCAGUCCUUCUAGUUCUGACUCCUCCUCUAGUUUUGAAUUAUCCCGAUCUUCCACAAUGUCCGCCCGUCAUAGACGAAAAAAGCAGUCGUCGCGCCGACAUCGGCGAGAAAACGCUGCAUUCUCGUCAGGUACUCCUUCGACGUCCAGUGAUUCGUCAUCCAGUAGUUCGUCGAGUGAGGAAGACAAUGAAUUUGAUCUAUGUUGGAAGAUGAAGGCUGGUGGAAGUCUGCGGAAUGCCACAGCAAUUCAGUCUACCCCGCAGUUGAAACGAACACCCCAUCAUCAUCAUCAUCAAUCCCUUGUACUUACACCAACUGUAACUCCACAAGUCAUGCCAAGAUAUCCUUCCACUCACCAUUACAAUCGUCCACAGACCCUUAAUCUGACUGCCGGUUCAUUUCCACGACCCAUGUCGGCUAGGAGUUCUUCAAAAGACCCGCCCUUUGUACAGACUAUUGCCAGAGCGGUGGAAGACUUCUUUCCUACGCUGGAGUGGAUUGAAAAGUACAAGGUUAUCAGUGUGCAUCGAGGCGAUCUGUUAAGAAUUAUUCCUUACCCAGGUACAAAUCCGGACAAAACGUCACCCACUACGGGAUGGUUCUUGGCGCAGAAGUGGUGUGCAGAUCACGCGUCUGGAACGAGUCCAAUAGGAUUUAUUCCGCGCAUUAUAUGCUCUUUUGUCUGCCCUGAUAAUACACCACGACUUUCACAUAUCACUCCUCGACACACAGGUUCACAUGACUACUCUAUGAAGAUGGCCGAAAACAGCGCUUUCAUGACAGUCUCUGCAGAUGUGAGUCAGGCCACUUCUGGAGGUCAGAUGAGUGCGAAUUCCACGAUUUGCGACACGUUCUUGGAACCAGUUUCAGCUCGUAGUAUCUAUCCCUCUCCACAGUUAAGCCUUCAUACUCCCUGCACGACAGCCGUCAAGACCUCCUUCACAUCGAUUCCCGCGGUUUAUGAGAUUGAAGAUCGAGAUUCUGGACGUGGACCAAGUUCUGGCUCGGAGUGGAGUAGUGGAAAGGGUGGAAGUCUUAGCGGAGCAACGGAUAUCAACGUGGAUGAUAAAGACCAGCCUCAACCACAGACACAACCGCAACCACAAUCACAACAACAACAGCCCCCCACAAACAAACCCUCUUCCUGCAUUAAGUGGUCUCCAACUGGAAGCUAUCAGCGACGUUCCUCCUUCGAUCAGCAGUCUGGAUCUAAUUUCUCUUGUCCCUUGCCACCACCACCCAUGGCGUUGUUGUCUCAUGUAUGUACCGUGACUAUGGGAGAGAUGAAAUCAUUACCGACACCGGUGACAACAGCAACAGCAUUUUCAGUUUCCGAUACGGAGGCUGGGGGAUCCAUAUGCUCUUCGUUGGGGACACGAACACGUCUCUACGUGCGUGGAUCAAAACCGCUUACUUCAAAGGCGACAGAAGGGGAGGUGGGAACGGAAAACAAUAUGGAGUGGAGGGAUGAGAAGGGUGGAGGCAGUCCACUAACCCCGGCGGAGCCUGUAGACGAGGAGGAGGAAGGUGACACCAGUGGAUCACCGCAGUCCACCGUAGUAGUAGUGUCGUCCAAUUCGGAUCCCGCACACUGGGAGCCCUACAAGACAAUGAUCCAGGUGGGACAAAAUAAACUGGAGAAGUUCACUCUCGUGUAA